AAUUAUAUUUGAUAAUAAUAUAUUAUGUAAAUUAACACGAGAAACGAAUGAAUCGCGACUGUUCAUUGUUCAAUGUUUAUAUACCACAACCAUACUGCAGCUGCAGUAUUUUCCAACAUUCGAGUCUUCAAUGUAUACCAUAUGUCCAUAUUAUAUACCCAUGUAGACGUGACGGUAAUAAUAAUAUAAUAUGACCGGUACAGCAGUCGACAUCGGGAACAACAGGUGUAGUGACAGCGACGGGACGACCGUACAGGUACGCGUGAUCGCACCGUCGUCCAUGGGCAAACCGUCGAACCUAGAGGCGUUCAGGAGGUUCUUGUGGGACGCGGGCAUGAAGGCGCGCGUCGAUGACUCGAUUUACCGGGACGGCGCCGACCUGUUCUACGCGAACACCGACCAGUUCCGGGCGACCGACCUGGAGGACGCGCUGACGGACAGCAGCACGGUAGUGUGGUGCGCGCGCGGCGGCGAAGGCGCGUCCCGUCUGAUACCGUACCUGGAGUCGUUGCCGGCAGACCGGAAGCAGAGGAUCCGGGACGCCCGGAAAACGCUGGUCGGUUACAGCGACGCGACGGCACUGCACGUGUACUUGCAGACGGUGUACGGGUGGCAGACGGUGCACGGCACAAUGUUGGAAAUGAUCGCUGGUGGCACGGUGGACAGGCGGUCGGUGGACGCACUUGUGGCCCUGGUGACUGGCCGAUCGGACCGGGUCCGGUACGAACUGCGGCCGGUCGCCGCCGACGGCCCACGGGACGGGCGGUUGUCGCUGCGGUCCAAGGUAGCCGGUGGCAACUUGACGCUAGUCGAGAACUCGCUGGGCACGUCGUGCGGCUUCCGGGGAGAUGGUAAGAUAGUGUUUCUGGAGGACGUGCGCGUCCAACCGUACUCGUUGGAACGAAGUCUCGAUCACAUGAAGUUGGCCGGCGUGUUCGACGGCACCACGGCCGUCGUGUUCGGUUCGUUCAGAGUGGAGGAGCAGUCCACGGGUAGCUGUAACGGCGUACCGUCGUCGGACGACCACCUGAUCGCCCUGGUGUUUCAGCGGUUCGCGGCCACCUUACCGUUUCCCGUGUUCCGCGUCGAUGGCAUUGGUCACAGUUUCGUCAACGACCCGCUGCCGCUAAACACCGAGGCCACAGUGGUGGGACCAACGCGGUUUGACGACGCCACCGGAACAUCGACUUACACUCUGACCGUCGACAACGUCUACAAUACGGGCGCGCGAAACUGUAGUCGACCACCUGCACCGCUUGACCAAGCAGCUUAGUCUGCAGGUGUAGGCAUGAAGCUGUCGCAGUCGUGCGCUGCGUCACAAGGCAUGCCAUGGCGCCAUGACUCGGACCAGCUGAGACUUCGAUAAAGGGCCGUACCUAAUACUAUACCCCGAUGGAUACAUUGGUCCAUACUUUUUUUUCAAACAACUUUAAUAUUGUAAAACUACUCUAUACAGAUACCUAAAUUAAAAAUUAAAAAAAAAAUGGCCUAAGAAAUAAAUAUUGAAGAAUAAUUUAUAUACCUACCUACUAUGGUUAUCUAGUUCAAAACCCUUGUGCUAAGGGAUUAAGAUAAUUUUUGGCCCGGAGCCAAACAAUUUUAGGUGCCAAUAAACAUAAACAAAAUAUUGGUUACCCACACACAAAUAUAUCUCAGAAAUAAAAAAAAAUGUUUACUAUAAUAUUAUGUAUAUUAUAUAUUUGAUCAUUUAAAUACAUUCUUAUAAAAUGUAAGUGUUUGAACAAUGGAUAGUAUAAUAUAUACGUAAUAAACUAUGAAUAUUAUUGUA